AUGGAUACUGGAGAACAAGAUAAUGGUAAACCUGAAGACGAUGAUAAUUAUGGAGAAAAUGAGCUAUACAGCCUUAGCACGCCUAACAAAAAUGACCUAAAAUGUAUUAUAUCAUUAAAAUUACUAAAAGAACUUGAUAUGAAAAUAGAUAAAGCUUCCAAGACAAUCAUGGUAAAUGUUAAUGGAGAAAGAAGACAACCUCUUGGAAUGUUACUAAA